AUGUCACUAUGGCCGUACCUCGUUGUCAUCAUUUUUAUGAACCUAUCCAAUGUGUUGGUACGAUGUAAUAGUCUAGCAACGAAACUUCUAAGCAACAUUUAUAAACCGUCUACGACAUCCGUUAAUCAUGCUUCAGGACGGUGGUGGCCUCAGCCUCACGCUCGGAUGCACAUGAGUUCGAAAGCACCAUCUACGGAUUCCGACAUUGUCGUGUCAACCUCCCAUGGUGAUGUAACACUGAAAAGGGAAGAUGCGGCCCCGAUCUACUACAAACCGAAGGGUGAAGGCAAGACGGGAUUCGCCCUCGUGCCUUACAAAGACGGCGAACAAAUAGCGAAUUAUGUGCUUUUUGAAGCUUCCAUGGACAAAGCAAAGGUUUCGUGGGAAAAUUACGACAGACUCACGAAAGAUGAACGCACAAUCUACAUGACACAUCUGAAGGCGAUAGAGGAACGCAAGUUGACCUACAAGGAUCCGUUCACAGGCUAUACAGUGUUUACCGUUUCGCAUCAUUUGUACGAAAUGUCGAAGCAUCGCACUCGCCCACCAUGCAUGGGCAUCCAUCGGCGGACCCGUUGCAAUGUCGUGGACAACUCAGCCCUUGGCAAAGAGGCUCAUACAUCAGGGAAGCGAGCUUACUGUAUCGACGUGUACAAGCAGGGUCGGCGAAAAAAGCAUAUGCCCCACGCGACACUUGGCGAUAAGAUCCUCGUCGCCAUUAGAGGUCAAAUGCGGAAAGCUUACGUUGUGGGCGCGAAUACCCAUGUUAAUGUGCGUAAGCACGGAAUUCCAGUUACGGACACCAAUAACAUUGUGUUGUUAGACGAAGAAGGUAAUCCUCUUGGGAAUCGUAUAGUUGCACCAAUUCCUGCGAAACUUCUGGAGAAGAAAGAUAAACCACAGUUUGCUAAAGUUUUAGCUCUAGCCAAUAAGUUCAUAUAG